AUGGAACAGACCAACGACGGCGGUGACGUGGUGUGUGGUGUGGAACCUGCAACCGAAAUCGUUUGUGAGACCGCACACUACGAUACGGAUACGGCCGGGGUUCCGGUGUCGACAGAAGUUGGAACCACCGACGAGCGUACGGAAACGGAACAAGGGGAAGCAGACAAACCACCAGCACCAGCAGCAGAUAAUGGGGCUGGCGAUGAACCGGACCACUUUGAACCGAUACUGCCGCCGGUGGAUGAGAAGGGAGAAAGUCAAGAAUCCGGAGUGAGCGAAAAGUAUGACUCGGCCGUCGAGGAAAUGGAAACGGAUCCACCGGAAACGAAUGGGGGGCAAGAUCCACCAGCGCUACCGCCAGAAGAAACGGCGCAGGAAGAGGAAAUAACGCAGGAAUCGGGUGCGGAUGGCGGAGCGGACGACACUGGCCUCGCGAGUGCGUCCCACUUGCAGGACAUCGAAAUGAAGGACGUAGACGAAAGCCAGCUUAAGUUGGAAGACACGACGGAUGGCGAGCAGUCGCUAGACCAGGGCACCGUUAAGGAUCCGUUCGAUCAGAUUCGACAAGAGCGAUCACCGAGCGACGACGGUGAAGCGGAAGAUGCGAUCGGCGAUCGUGACAAGAACGGACAAAACAAGGAACAAACGGAAGACGAUGGCGACAAGCUGGAAGAAGAGGGCGACGCAAAUGCCGUGGCCGUAGAUGGUGAAGGGGACCGACCAGAAGGGGAACCGACGAACGUUACGACCGACGAGGCUAGGGAAAAGGAAUCUCCGGAGGAGUCGGGUGGCCCCGGCCCCGGUGAGCAGUUGGGUGAAUUUUCGGCCGGCGUCGACGAUUUGACGGGCGGCGAGAACGAAAAUAUCUGCCUCCUGCCGGACGACGAACGGGUCGUGUCGGAGGAAGACAAACAGCGUGCCAUCACCGAGGAUGAUGAGGCCGCGGACGAGUCCGCCGCGAUGGGCAAGGAAGCGACCGACGGGGAGGAGGCCGCCGCUGCCGUUGUAGCGGCUGACGAUCGAUCCGAUCCAACAGCGGCGGUGGCGGAUGGCGAUGAAACGGUCCGACGCGGCCCGGAGCACCAGUUGGCCGAGCGGGACGACGAGGCACCGAUGAACGAUUCGGCCACCGAGCCACCGGUGGACGUCGAUGCGUCGCCGCAAGAGAACCGCAUCCGUGAGCUGCCCGUGGCGGCCGAGUCGGCGGUCUGUGUCCACUGCCGGGCCCGAAAGGUCUGCGGGUACGCCUGCAACAUGACGACCCCGGAAGGGCCGGAGCCGGCGGAGCAGUUUGUGUGCUCGUUCGAUUGUGUGCAAAGUUUGCGCAACGAGUUCCCGGGGCGCUUCGAGCUGGUGCAGAAGCGCGUGGCCAUCGUGCCGAUCUUCGACUGCAGUGCCACGUGUGAGCGGUGCUCGCAGGAGAAGGUGUGCCGGUUUCGCUACCGAUCGCAGGACGGGUGGCGCUAUCUGUGCGACACCAAGUGUGUCGAGUAUCUUACGACGAUCAAUGGCCAAAAGUACAGCGUGGUGCGCAAGAAGUACACGAUCGAGGAGCGGUUACCGCCGUACCCGGAUGGCCGCCGGUGCAUCCAGUGCGGUGACCAGAAACCGUGCCAGUUCGGGUUCCUGCAGGACGAGGACGAGCUGAGCGUGUGCAACGAUUGCCUCGCCCUGCUCAUGACCGAGCACCCGGACCUGUACCGGCUGCGGCGGUGCUCGGUGCGUGUCCGCCCGAUGCCCAAGACGGGCGCCACCAGCAGCGGGGCGGCGGGGCUCAUCAAGUUCACGGCCCGCACCGAGGAGGAAGCGGAAGCGGCCCGCCUGAACCGGGACGCGUCGUUCGUCCGCCGGUGCUGCCACUGCCAGCAGGAGCUGGCGCUCGAGUCGACCGAGCGGCUGCAGUGGGAAACGAUGGACUUUUGCACCGGCAAGUGUCUGGCCGCGUACCAGAACGAGCACGGGUCGCAGUGCACCCAGUGCCGCGAGGCCGUGUCCGUGGCGAGCCUUGGCAAGUACUGUGUGCGGUUCGGGUUCGACGUGUGCCAGUUCUGCUGUGCCGCGUGCUUGGACGUGUUCAAGAAGAGCCUCAAACCGUGCUCCUACUGUCAGACCAAUGUGGCCGACGGGACCGACAGCUCGUACGUUGUGACGCGCGUCGGAGAUAAGGGCAUUUUUCGGGACUUUUGCAGCGCGGCCUGCCACAACCGGUACCGGACGUCGGUCGAUCCGGCCCUCAAGCUGCAGGUGCGCGUGUGCUCGGUCUGCAACCAUCAGAAGCAGGCCAGCGUCAUCGUGCGGCUGGACGGCCGGGAGCACUACUUCUGCACUCAGCCUUGCUUCUCGGCGUUCCGGUUCGUCAACAACGUCCAACCGGACGGGUGUGCCAUGUGCCAGGAUUACUUCGAGCGGACGGUCGCGACGGCCUGCACGAUCUUCCCGCUGGACGGUGCGUCGGAGCCGCUGGCGUUUUGCUGCAAGAUGUGCUUCAAUCUGCACAUCAUCAAGAACCGACGGAUCGUGUCGUGUUCCUGGUGCAAGGUGAAGAAGUACAACUUCGACAUGAUGCAGCGGCCCGGCCGCCCGGCCAUGCUCUGUUCGCUCAACUGUCUCUCGCUGUACGACGUGUCGGUGAAUGCGCUGGCCCAGAAGGAGACGCGCUGUGACCACUGCCUGGAGCUGAAGGCACCCCAGUACCACCUGACGAUGAGCGACACGAGUUUGCGCAACUUUUGCACCUACCAGUGCGUCAUGUCCUUCCAGAGUCACUUCAACAAACGGCCCCUAACGCUCGGACACGACAGCGCGACUUCCGGGGCGAAUCCCGUUCCCACCGGACUGCCGAAGCGAGUCCGCAAGUCAACUGCUCCCGUGGCUCCCUUGCCCCGGGAGCCAGCGGGUGGAACUCCUCCGGCGGCACAACAGCCGGAGCAGCAGCAGUACCGGUCCGCUUCGGUGAGGCGUCCUACGAGGGCGGCCGCCGCCGCCGCCACCACCACCACCACCACGAAUACCAAUCUGCCCGUCAUAUCUUCGGUUCAUUCACUGUCAGGCCGCAGUGGUACACGCUCGAAGGCCAGGGACAAUCAGCAGGCCACCAUUCAGAACGAUUGGCCGCGCGUGGCACUGGAACCGCUCACCAAUCUGCCAUCGAUGGGACGUUCGUUGGUUAGCAACUUUCUGUCGAGCACUCCGACCACGGCCUCGGCAGAUCCUCCUGAGACAGCAGAGACACCGGUGGCCACUCGAACGGUGGAAACGCACACCCAGAUCGUGACGAUUCCGCCAACGCCGGUGCAGGUGGCCAAUGUGGCCACCAUGUGCGCACCGUUCCAGGCGUCGAAGGCGGUCAACUGCCGCCCGGUCCAGUGCAGCCAGGACAGCCAGACGGACGGGUGGUUGCAGCGCAAGAUCGUCGUCCCGAUCCCGGUGCCGAUCUACGUGCCGGUGCCGAUGUUCAUGUACUCGAUGCCCACCCCUGUUCCGGUGCCGAUUCCGCUGCCCAUCCCGGUGCCGGUCUUCAUUCCGACCACGCGCAACUCGGCCACCGGCAUCCUGAAGGAGAUCCGCAAGAUUCAGGACAAAAUGCCGGCCGAUCCGUACGAAGCCGAGCUGCUGAUGAUGGCCGAGAUGGUGGCGGGCGACAAGAAGAAGGACGACACGGACUCGGAAUCGGACGAUGGUGCUGACGGUGGUGCUGGUGGUGAGCCGACGGCCGACGAGCCGCCCUUCGUGGGUGCCAUCGAAAACAAUGCGUCCUUCAGCGAGGAUCUGGUCCAGAUGGCGCUCAAGAUGGCAUCGAGUGACUUCGAGGACCCACCGGUCGAUCUCGAGUCGGCCAUGCAGGCGAACACGAUCACCCAGCAGCAGCAGGAACAGCAGCAACAGCAACAGCAGCACCACGGUUACGGGGACGGUUCUCACCUGCAACACCAGCAGCUGAUCCAGCAGCAGAUGGACCAGCGCCAGCCGAUGCCGGUGCCAGCGCUCGUCGUCCAGCGUGGUCGCAAGCGAACCGCUUCGACAGUGCCGGCGCGGCAGGCAGCGACGGCCAACAACAAUAGCCUCCAGCCGCAGCAGCAGCAGCAGAUGACCGCAGAUGGAACGAAGCGCAUCAAGCGCGAGCAACUGAAACAGGAACCGUCGCCGGAACCGGCCUCCCUGGCCGUGGUGCCACCGGCGGAAAAGCCGGACGCCAACAUGUGUCUCAAGUAUACGUUCGGGGUGAACGCCUGGAAGCAGUGGGUGCUGACGAAGAACGCGGACCUCGAGAAGAGCUCCAUCCGGCGGAAGCUGUUCAAGUCCGACAUUCUGCAGCUGACGGCCGACGAGCUCAACUACUCGCUCUGCCUGUUCGUGAAGGAGGUCCGCAAACCGAACGGCACCGAGUACGCUCCGGACACGAUCUACUACCUAGUCCUGGGAAUUCAACAAUAUUUGUUCGAAAAGGGGCGCGUCGAGAACAUCUUCACCGAUCCGUACUACGAGCGGUUUACCGACUGUUUGGACGAGGUGGCCAAAAAGUUCUCCGUCCUCUACAACGAUUCCCAGUUUAUCGUGACGCGCGUGGAAGAGGAACACCUGUGGGAGUGCAAACAGCUGGGGGCCCAUUCGCCGCACGUCCUGCUCAGUACGCUGAUGUUUUUCAACACCAAACACUUCAACCUGGUGUCCGUUGAGGAGCACAUGGAGCUCAGCUUUUCGCAUAUCAUGAAGCACUGGAAGCGAAAUCCGAAUCAGGGUGGCCAAGGUGCGAAAUCGCAAGCCCCGCGGAACGUGAUGCUCCGCUUCUAUCCACCGCAGUCGUCGCUCGCAGCCAACACACGCAAGAAGAAGGUCUACGAGCAGCAGGAAAACGAGGACAAUCCGCUCCGGUGCCCGGUGAAGCUGUACGAGUUUUAUCUCUCCAAAUGCCCCGAAAGUGUCAAGACGCGCAACGAUGUGUUCUACCUGCAACCGGAGCGUUCCUGCGUGCCCGACUCACCCGUUUGGUACUCGACGCAGGCGCUCAGCAAGGAGUCGCUCUGCAAAAUGCUGCACCGGGUGAAGAUGGUCAAAGAGAUCAACAUCGCGCUGCUGACCAGCUAAUGACCUCUACAGAGAGAGAGAGAGUAAGCCCCCCUUGUGUCGUUUCUUCGCCGUAAAUCAGACACACGCGCACAAUCGGUCGGUCGGUCGGCUGGUGUUUCAUCCAAUGGAACCCGGCCAGCAAUCCAGGUCCAGCAUCCAGGUCUUCUCAUAACUCUGUAUUCGCCCCUCGGGGGGGCAGUGACAUUUCGUUUGAUUCAUCAUGAUCGCUGUAAAAUAAACAGUAGAGCCACCUCGGCGCCGAAGGGGUUCCGGGAUUCCGUUUCCGCAUUACGGGAAUAUUGUAGUACUAAAGUGAAUUAAGACAGAGAGAGAGAGAGCGACAGAAAGUUCUGUACAUAUGGCGCGUGUUUUAAGCUGUUUGCCGGAGGUCACGUCAGAGAGAGAGAGAGAGCGGGAGAGGGGAAUACGUCUUCACGGACCCUGUU